AUGCUGAUGGAAGCAGGUGCACCCCUGGAGGUUGCCACCAAACAACAGCUUUGCACGCCGCUCCACGUUGCUGCUGUCAACGGAUGCGCCGCGUCAACAAGAACAAUGCUCAAGGCCGGCGCGAAUCCCAACAGCCGUCGGUUUGAUGGGGCAAGCCGCUAUUUUUGGCGGCGUGGGAAGGGAAGGUGGAUGCGGACCUCUCUCCCAUUCGACGUUGCGGUGGAUCUUGGACACCUGGAAGUGGUAAACGAGCUGAUCCGGCAGGUUGGCAUCGGUGGAUGUGGUGGCUCAAGCGGAGGUGUACGUGCUCUCCAGCAGGCCGCUCGGAACAAACCCUUGGACAUGCUGACUGUUCUAACCAGCGCCGGAGUGGUAGACACGGGAUUAGCCCUCCGCGCCGCCGCAUUUGGAGGCGUGGCCCCCUUGAAGUUUCUGUUGGAGCAGGCAAGGGCGAGGAAAACCAUGGGUGGGCCUGCCGAUGCCGCCCCAGAGUUGUGCGGUUGUUUGUCGAAGCCGGAGCGGACACGACAUCCACGGUUCCAAUCGACGGCUUACCUGGUACGGACAACAUCACACCCAUGCAUGGGUCUCACCAUGCUUCUCCUCCGUGAUUUGGGAACAGAACCAUUGACAGAGGAGCAGCUGAAUGCCCUAGAGGCUAUACGCCGCUUGCUGCUGCGAGUGGAGGCAGUUCACGCGGUCUCUUGGCUGUGGUCUAGCGAUAUCUCCACCUUCACCUAUUCUACGGCACAGGGCACGGGCCGGACGACGUCGAAAUCGACACCUGGAACACCGCUCGUGUUGACGAUGAGGCAAAGGGCUAGGUCUAGAAGAGAGCUUGAGGUUCUUUUGGCGGCCCUGUUGAGGUGGGAUGUUGUGACGUGA